UUUUUACAGUCUGAGAAGCCCAGAAGUUGCUCAAAGGAAGGAGACAUGCUAAUGAGCCUGGAUUACAAUUAACUUUGGGUACUUGUAGACUAGCAUUCAAAUGCUUACUUGGGCUUCCUACCCCCCUCACUACCUUUCUGAAGUGAAAGCAUCAGGGGAGAAAGUGGGUGAAUUAUAGCCAUAGGAUUAAAUGGGUCCGGUAACUGGAAUGACUCCAGAUAAGAGAGCUGAAACUCCCGGAGCAGAAAAGGUUGCAGGAUUAAGCCAGAUUUACAGAAUGGGAAGCUUGCCUGAAGCAGUUGAUGCGGCCAGGCCAAAAGCUACUUUAGUGGACAGUGAAUCAGCAGAUGAUGAGCUCACAAAUUUGAACUGGCUUCAUGAAAGUACUAAUCUUCUAACAAACUUCAGCCUUGGAAAUGAGGGUCUUCCUAUUGUUAGUCCAAUAUAUGACAUUGAAGGUGAUAAUGUGCCAUCUUUUGUACCAUCUUAUCAGAACACAGAAAAAAAAUCAGGGAAUUCAAAACCCCCUUACUCCUUUAGUCUUCUCAUUUACAUGGCUAUUGAACAUUCUCCAAAUAAAUGUCUGCCGGUCAAAGAAAUCUAUAGUUGGAUUCUGGAACGAUUUCCAUAUUUUGCUACAGCACCAACAGGUUGGAAGAAUUCUGUUCGACACAACCUUUCUUUAAAUAAAUGUUUUCAAAAAGUGGAGAGAAGCCAUGGGAAGGUGAAUGGAAAAGGUUCCUUAUGGUGUGUUGAUCCAGAAUAUAAACCCAAUCUUAUACAAGCACUGAAGAAGCAGCCUUUUUCCUCAGCACUUGCAUUUUACACCCCUCCUGCCUCACCGCAAAAUGGGUCAUCAUCACCUCAUUAUAUAACCUCUGUACUAAAGCAGAGCCAGGUUCGAACUCUCAAAGAAUCUGAUAUUGAUGCAGCCACUGCAAUGAUGCUUUUAAAUACAUCCAUUGAACAAGGAAUUUUAGAAUGUGAGAAGCCCCUGCCACUCAAAACGGCUUUACAGAAGAAAAGGAGUUUUGUUAGUGCAUUUAGCCAUCCCAGUGCCAUAAAUUUACAAGAGAGUGAUUCUGCAGUCAACAAUAUUGAUCCAAAGGAGGAUCACAAUUACAGUGCGAGCAGCAUAGCAACGCAGCGUUGUGCGUCCAGAUCCAGUGUGUCUUCCUUAUCUUCUGUUGAUGAGGCGUAUGAGUUUAUCCCAAAGAAUAACCUUGCAGGAAGUGAUGGCAGUGAAGGGUUUCACAGUGAAGAAGAUACAGACAUUGACUAUGAAGAUGACCCUCUUGGAGACAGUGGCUAUGUAUCACAGCCUUGUGCAAAUACCUCUGACAAAGACCAGCCCAUCAAGAAGCCUAAAAGGGAGUCAUGUCAGGAAAUUGAUGAGGAGCUUAAAGAGGCGGCUGGAUCUCUGCUGCACCUUGCUGGAAUCCGCACGUGUCUGGGUUCCCUGAUAAGUACUGCAAAGAUCCAAAAGCAAAGGAAAAAGUAGUAAUACCAGAUAGUGUGAUUAUUUUUUUUUUUAAAUGUGGCAAUACUCUUCUACUUUCUCUUCACAAGGGAGAUCAAAGCCAUAAUGGACUUCUAUAGCUGGGAGGUAGGGUGGGGGGUGGGGAGUGUGCUAAUUACCUUUUUUCCUUUACACUUUUUUUUUAAUCACUGCAAUUAGGGUUAUGCUUACCUAAGAUUGGGCCAAUCAAUGCAUGAUUGAAGUGCUAAUAGCAUACUUCUUCUAAUCAUGGAUUCAGAGAUUUGGGGAACUUCCACAGAGAAAUCCUCAGGCUCCCUCUUAAGAUUGUAGACAAAAUCUUUCCCACAUAAAUAUCUUCUGUUGAUGUAGUAAAAUGGUUUAACUUGCCACUCAGUAUAGCAAUUUUUCCAUUCUUUUUAAACCAUUGAAUACAGUGGAUGAAUUGGCUUAAAAUGGUAUUUUCCCUUUUACUCUGCUUAUUUUAUUCACCAAUGUAGAAUAGAUAUAUAUUUUAGUGAAUGCUGGUUGAGACAUGAACCAAGUGGGGGAAAAAGUUAUAUGUGAAAAGAUCUUAGGUAGCUAAACUAGAAUGAUUGCUAGAAAGUUCUGUUUAUACAAGUAGAAAAUGGGAAAACUUGAUUUUUAAUGUAAUUUCUAAGUCUACGCCAUGUCUCUUAUAACAUCAUCUUUUGAAAUUAUUUGGCUUAUCUAUUGUUAUGUAGACUUUAUUGGGGGCACUUUUGCUUUUACCCUAAGUGCUUUAAAUCAGUAAUUAGUUGGUCAGUUCUCUGUUAACCAUUAAGUUCUCUUCAUAUAGCAGAUAGCCAAUGAAAUGAUAGUAUAUAAUAAUCUUCAUUUUUGGCAGACCUUUGCAAUGAGAGAUUCUGUUCUCUCCCUCAUAUUUUCUUGUCUCCACAGGAACAGUUACAAUUUCAAAUUAUAAUCAUUAUAAUUUGAAUGGAGUGUGAUCUAGAAUUUGGUUCAGUUCAACAAUUAAAUGCCUACUAUGUGCCAGGCACUAGAGAUAUAAAGACAAAAAAAGGAAGCAAUACUUGCCCUUUAGGAACAUGUAGUCUAUAUGAAUAAAAGUUUUGAAUGUUUACAGUUAAGUAAUGAUAGGUAAUUUUGGAAAAUCUAUCUAAACCCAGGGUGAAAUAAGCAUAGUCUUAAUAUUUCAGAAUUAGAAAAAUUAAACCCCUUUGGAAAAAGCUGUAUAAUACCUAAAUGUGCCAUUAAUCUUUAGCUAAUAGAUGUUACUGCUUCUAAUAAUGAAUCCAUUGGCUGAGGUAGUUAAGUAUUAUUUGAGCAAUUCUACCUACAUAAGAAGCGUUUCUAGGUUUGAAGUUAUAGUUCUUCAGAAAAAAGCUAGAGAUUUGAGGUAAAUUCAGUAUUUAUUAAAUGAAAUUUUUCCCUCUCUGGGCUUUUGGAAGGAAAUCUUUUAAAAGUUUAUCCUUGUCCUCUGUCAUCUCCUUUUUAUUUAAGAUUCUCCCUGUAGAAUUUUUUUUUCCCUCAGAAAAACUUCCUUCCUCUUCCUGCCUUGUCAGGAUUAUGUUGCCUUGAUGCUUUCAAAUAAUUUCAAGCUCUUAGGAUUGUUAAAAGGGAUAAAACAACAACCCUCUUGUUUAAUUUUUAAAAUUUGUUUGGGCAUAAUUUUCAAAGAAGAGGCAUGUUAAUAAUAAAUAUCUUUCACAGAAACCUUAAGCAGGGAUACGUAAUGUUAAAUGUUCUCCAUUCUGUGUUAAUGUCACCCAUUUUAGUGAUAAAUGGACCUGAUCGGCCUUGUUAUUAGAAUUAGGGGGGGUGUGAAGGUAGUCAUUUUAUUUAUUGUUCAUGAAAAAUAGCUCUUAAGCACAACUAGGUUAUAUUUCUUAGAUUUUUUUUUAUUUUAUCAUAUAUGAUGCAAUUAUCAGAGGACAUUAGUAUCCCUAGUUAAUAACUGUUAGAUAGUAAAUGUAACACAAGUGCUUAUUACCACAAUUUUUACAAUUUGCUCUUUCUUCUACUAGGUUCAAAAUAGGGCUUUUUACUUGGUAAGAUUGGGAGUUAGCUCUGUUUCAUGGCUAGGCCCAAUAGACUGGGUACAAUUUAUUUAUGGUCUAGCAAUUUGUUUAUGACAAAGUUCAAUUUUAACAACCACUUAAAUGUCCCAGGGAGUUUGUCACAAUGAAAUUUUGUCAUUGUGGCUAAAAACCAUGAUUUCAGUUCAAAUAUAAUUUACCAUAUGUCAAAAUAAUAGAAAUAGUAUUAAAGAUCCAUAUAAUGUUCCCCUAUUCAAUUUUUUUACUUGCCAUAGUUAGUAUUCAUUUUUCUUAUCCCAAAUAGAAAUCAGUGUCUUCUAAAUAUAUACAUAUAGAUAUGUAUAUGUAUAUAUAUACACAUAUUAAUUUGCAUGUGCAAUGUCUUACCAAAAGUUAUACUUUCAUUUUUAUUUUUCACAUGUAGAGAAAGAACAUAGCAUUUCCGUAUAUAUAGGAAGUAUUUCUUUUAGUGAAUCAUCUCCUUCUUUCUCCAGCUUUGUAACAUUAAGCUUUUCCUAUCCCUCCCAUAUCCAGCAUGGCUUCUCUUAAGUUAAAGAAUUUUUUUUGUAUAUAGUACAAACUUAAUGUAAUUGGAAUUGGGAAAGGGGGGGAAGCAUAAUUUUAUCCUUUGCUUACUUUUUUUUUUCCUUUUUCCUUUCUCUUUUUGGGCUACUUUUCAUGACCUUAUGUAAAGGGUUCAUACCAAAUGGUCAGCUGAAUUGUGUUUUAGCAGGAGUUCAAAGGUAGGAGGAAGUGUUUCUGGAGGAAUGGGUGAGACCAGGUGGACCAGGAAGUCUCUCCUGCCAAUUUAAGCAACAAACGUGGAUACUUCACAGAGCUCUAAAGACUAUUGUCUUGAAUUCUACAGCAACUUUUUGACAUUUUGUGGAGACCAUAGCAUUUGUUGAAAUUUUGAGGCUUUCUGGUUUUCAACUUUCUCUAGAGUUCUUUGUUAGGCUGGAAAGGGAAAGCUUUGGUUAAAGCUAAGCUUGCUCAAAUUUGUUAAUAAUGAUGUAGUCAAAAUAUUUAUUGACAGGAAAAGUAGAAUAUUUUAAGCAUUAUACCUGCCAUUAUUUUUAAAGCACACUCUUUGUAUCUAACUGCCAGUGCCAUUAUCAAAACUUUUUUUAAAAAUAUAAAUGUAUGUUUCUAUUCAGCUAAAGUACUUAAUUUAAAAGUAUUAUGUUGCCAUCAUAUAGUGAUAUGAAACAAUUUACAAUUGCCAAGUCAUUUUAAUUAUUAUUUAUUUAAAGUAAAAAUGUAGAAAAGCAAUUUGAGUUACACUAUCCCUUAAUCCUGUUUUCUAAUGUAGCAUAAGGAAUGUCCUGGACUGUAGAAUAACUCUGCCUGUAGAUGACCAGUUAUGAGUGAACCUAUUUUCAGUUCCAAGUUUUUUGCUCAUUUUAAAAACAAUUUACAAAUGUUUAGUUUUUGUAUCUAAUCUCUGUUAAUUAAAAUGUUUAUAAAGUUUAUUUUUACCAAAGAGAUGCAAUUCAUUAUGAUAAAGUAUUGCAGAAUAAACUUUGUUUUAUAACA